GGGUUUGUUGCUAUAGUAACAGGAGCACGCUGUUUGCAAUGAGAGGAUUCGGUACUCAUUGCGACACAAGACAGACCGAGCGUUACUUCCUCUUUUUUUAAUUUAUCUAAAAAUAAAAAAGACAGAACUCCAAAACCUUCAGCGGGCAUGAGUACGACACGGGCGGCUGCAGCUGCGUUUCACUUUUAAGAGUUCAAGUGGUCAGAAAUUGCAGGUCGGUGCAGAAGCAGCAUUAUCUAUCCAGGGACCAUGGGCACGCCAGCACAGAACAAUGCAGCAGCUUCAGGAAUCUCACAGCAGCUGCAGGCCUACGUGUCCUGGGUGAACUCGCAGCUGAAGAAGAAGCCCGAGGUGAAGCCCGUGCAGGACCUGCGUCAGGAUCUGAGGGACGGGGUCAUCCUGGCACACCUCAUUGACAUCGUGGCUGGUGAGCACCUCAGUGGCAUUCACAUGAACCCCAGAAGCCAGCAGGAGAUGAAGGAGAACGUGGAGAAAGUCCUGCAGUUCGUCUCGUCCAAGCGGAUCCGAAUGCACCAGGCCUCUGCCAGGGACAUCGUGGAAGGAAACCUCAAGUCUGUCAUGAGACUCAUCCUGGCGCUGGCAGCUCAUUUCAAACCCUCCGUCAAGUCAGCCAGUCAGAGAGCGGCAGCCGUGGCGGAUCACAGCCAGCCCCCGGCCUCGGCCAAUCACAGGCCGCACUCCGCCACGGCGAUGGCUCAAAACGCGGUGGCUGCGCUGGCCGCAGCCCGGCAGGACGCCUCCCGAUCAGGCAGGGAUGUGUUCCGAUACCGUCAGGAGAGGCAGAGCCGCAGUGCCAGCCUGGAGGAGGAGAUUGAGAAUCCUGGCUGGAGCGUGCGAGCGCUGGUGCAGCAGUACGAGGGGCAGCAAGAGACGGCCAGCGAGGGACCCCAGUGCGAGGCCUCCGGUCUCAGCUCACCCAGUCCAACACACUCUGCAAAAACAGAGUCCAUCGCAAGCCAAUCAGAAGAGAAGGGGGAGCUGCCGGUCUUCCAAUCAGAAGAGCCGGAGAGCCGAGCAGAAGAGGGAGUGAAGUCUGCAGGAUGUCCAGAGGAGCAGGCAGGGGGGCGGGGGCUCUGUCUGGACCUCUCCUGGGAGGAGCAGCUUGUGGAGCAGCAGGAGCAGCUGGAGAAGGAGAUGGACGAGGCUCGGAAGAUGAUCUCGAGCCUGCAGGCCCUGCUUCUGAACGGAUCCCUACCUGAGGACGACCAGGAGGCCUCCUUCUCCCUCUCAGACAGUGGAGCAGCCCUGGAUGAGCAGCUGAUUAUAAUCCGGAGCAGGCUGGAUCAGAGCAUGGAGGAGUCCCAGGAACUCAAGAAAGAGCUGCUGAGAUACAAGCAGGAGAGCAGGAACCUGCAGGGAGUCAAGGACGCUCUGCAGCAGAGAAUGGCCCAACAGGAGAGCUCGAUUCUACAGCUGAGACAGGAGCUGCUGAGGGCAGGCAUGGGCCAGGAUGAGCUUCACCACCAGAACGUGGACUUGCAGAGGAAAGUGGAGGAGAGGAACAGACUUCUGGGGGACUACAAGAAGGAGCUGGCUCAGAAGGAUCGGCUGCUGCAGCAACAGCAGAGCAAACUGGACGAGGCUCUGCACAAACUGGGAGAGGCCACACAUCACAAGGUGGACCUGCAGAGGGAGGUGGAGCACAAGGACAGCCUGAUUAACGAGCUAAUGACCAGACAGCUUGACGAGCACUCCGGAGGUCUGGGCGGCUCUCAGAACAAUGGUUACCCCCAGGCUGUGGGGAAAGGAGCCCCGUCUUCAUCGCAAAGAGGGGCUGACGACCUGCAGUUGGUUCGGGACGCCCUGCGCAGUCUGAGGAACAGCUUCAGCGGACACGACCCCCAGCACCACACCAUAGACACCCUGGAGCAGGGCAUUGGCAGCCUGAUGGAGAGACUGCACAUGGGGGAGCCACACAGGAGGCCUGGAGGAAAGUCUCCUGGUCACAGAGCCGCCGCACACACGGAGCGAGACUCCUGGCCUCACAGCUCCAAAAUGCUUCACUCUCACAGCAGCCCGGCUCUCAGCAGCUCUGCUUCCACUAAAGUGCUGUAUUUCACAGACCGCUCCCUCACUCCCUUCAUGGUCAAUAUCCCAAAGAGGCUGGGGGAGGUCACUCUAAGAGACUUCAAGGCAGCAGUGGAACGUGAAGGAAACUAUAGGUAUCAUUUCAAAGCUCUGGACCCGGAGUUCGGCACAGUGAAAGAAGAGGUUUUCCACGAUGGAGACGUCGUCCCGGGCUGGGAGGGGAAGAUCGUGGCUUGGGUGGAGGAGGACCACGGGGACAGCAGAUAGACAGAGAGACAGGCAGGCAGGCAGGCAGGCACCUACCCCCCUCAGGAAUGCAAUUUGUAUUGUACAGUUUAUAUUCAGAGAUUUUAUAAUUCCUGGGCGUUUCGAAAUUUAUAAUUGUAUUUUUACAGAUUUUUCACACAAACGUAUGAAAAUAACCAUAAAAAAGACUGGACUUGAAGAGACGGCAGCUUUGAGAGCUUUACUGAGGCCAAAGGGGUUCUGUAAAAGCCUGUUUUAAAAAAGUCACCAGGAUAUGAUGACUGCAACUAAAUAGUGUGUAUACAGUCUAAAGAAUAAGAGUGUAGAGUUACGAUAACGGUCAUAUUUCAAAACCAUAUCCAUGAGGAAGAAAGCAGAGAUCUAUAUGGAAAAGAAAGAAUAAUAAUAAUAAUAAUAAUAAUAAUAAUAAUAAUAAUAAUAAUAAUAAUAAUAAUAAUAGUAAUAAUAAUAAUAGUAAUAGAUGGGACCAGUUAUUUCCAGUUUCUGAUGUCUUUUAAGGGCUCCAGUGUUUUAUAGCUAUGACAAUGAAGGAUAUACUGUAUGCCUCCCAUUGCAUAGCAGCUCAAUCCAUUCCAGGUUUUACUGAAUGUUUAAAAUCCAGCUUUGUAAAAGUCCACCUUACAGUGAAGUUUUGCUCCUAUUGAGAGUAAUGGAAAGUCAUUAUGAAGGGCCCCCCCUGUAUUCAGUAUCUCUAACGCUGCUCUUGAAAUCUUUCAUGUAAAUUCACAGCAUAAUAAACCAGUAAAAGGGGUGGCCAGUGACCGUGUUAACAAGGCUAAUAAGAGGUAUGAAGAUGGAUUUUAAAGCAUUGCUUAGCUGUCCUUCAGUCGAUUUGUUUUAGUUUAAAAAGACAAACUGCUCUGAAAAGGGACUCUUACUGUGCCCAGGUUACUGUCUGUUGCUAUGGGGUCUGAUCACAGCCAUGCGUUAUUUUUCUAUUGCCUUCAGUGAAGGAUUACACUGCCAGACUGCAAAGGCCAGGUGUCUGAAUGACUUUCUCUGCAUAUGAAUUUUGUAACCAGUAUAACUCUUUGUAAAUAUGUGACCGGUUCUCCUCUCUACGUUGUUAAUGAGUUUAUUAUUUUAAUAGCGGUAUGAUAAGUGAGCCGGUGUUUGUCUCCAGGUGCAGACUGUAUGAAAUGAAAACCUACAUUCCUGACAUGAGACUGCAGCGUGCACGUCUCUUAGUUUGACACUUUUUAUAAGGAUCAGUUUGAUUUGAAGGUAAGGUGCUUUUUAAAAGAAUGAUGUACGAGCCAAAGGCGCACGCCUGUACAAACCCUCGUGAUGUUUCCACAAUAAAUUCAGCACCUGUUCAAAA